GCAGCUUUAUUGAUUAGUCAGCCAAAGACAAUCUAAAGGCGUUCCGUUUUUAAUUUUUAACAAUGCAUAGGCAGUCUUAUUACGGUAGGAAGUAAACAAACAGUUCCUGCCAAAUGACUUGCGCCGCUGCGAAUGGCUUAUUACAUGGACCAAAACACCCGUUUUCUAUCAUUCUACUAUUUUUGCCUGACUGUUUUCAUAGACACUGGGCGAAGUGUUCAAUGAAUGCUCAAGAGAUGAUGGAACAGUUUCGUUGUAGUAUUCUUAAAUACUUCUCAUGUUAUAUAAGCCAUUAACGUCUGAUUCGUGUUGUCAGCUUUCCCGAAGCGGUGCGCGCUAGUUCUCUGCCAGUAUAAUUAUAAAAGAAUCCGAAGGCCCUCAUGGCUCUGAGUGCGUAUUUCCUCCGUCAGCGUCAGAUCAAUCAGUUUAACGUGGGAAACACGGUCCUGGUCAGCGCCCUCAACAACGACGACUUUUAUCUUGGAUUCCUGCAGAAUAUUAAUGGCGGCUCGUUAUUUAUUGAUUUCGAUUCAGGCCAGAUGCCAGCGCAGUGGGUGUCCAUCAGCCGUGUAUGGCAUCAUGAGCGAAGCAGUAUUCGCCUGGUUAAUGAUCCACGCGAUGUCUACGUGGCGAUUCGCCUGGAACACGACGGACCGUACACUUUUCGGCCGGCUAAACUGCUGCGCAGCUACGGCUAUGAAAGCCGAUUUCUAUGCUGCAUCACAUUUGAUACUGACACUGGUCUAUCGUCCACAGGGAACGAGAAACCCAACCUGCAGAUUGUACACGGUUGGCAGCUAGUCCACCGUUUGCCGAUUGAUCGCCGCAUUUAUAGAAUUUGCCGGUUGCCCUUUAAAAAAGUGAUCUAUCGUUCGAGCAGGGUCAGUUCGGCGCUGAACGGUAUUCAAGAAAGGACUAUUGUUAACAUGCUUUAUUCCGUUUUCCGUGAAGACUUUCUACCGUUGAACGAGAACUGGGACCGACUCUUCGUACGGAUCAGUGAAGAAGAAAUAAUGUUCUUAAUUAUGCGGAUCCAGUGUAAACAUGUAAGAUCCAUUCCAUGCGCAUCUGGAAAGUGCUGGAGAAACCGAACCAAUAAGAUGAUAACGGAGGGCGUCGAGAAGUUUCUUUUGAGAUACUGCUGCGGACCGCUUUUUCACCACAUUUCCUUUUCGAAUUCUGCUACAAAGUAAGCUCUCAGCUGCCACAACGUUCGGAGACGGAAGGCUAUCGCCUUGGAACGUUACUCAAUCGAGUCGUCAACAGAAACACCAAAACGCUGGCAGUGGUCAACUUGCAACACCGCGCUGACAACUUGAAAUACGCUGUGCUAGCAGUCGCCCAGCUGAUGCAUUUAAAGCCAAUGAUCCCGUUAAUCGUUAUUAGAAACGCUCGAGCUGGUGUAGAGAGGAACGGGUAACUCGAUGGCACCAUCCCGACUCGUGGGAUUGGCACAAAUCUGUUUCCAGUUGCUGCCACUGAAGGACGUGUGUCACGGCUGCUAGUCAGCAACUUUAUCGUGUAUUUUGAUUAAUUUUAUCUGCCGUAAUUUUCUGCGCAAAUGCCGAGUAGCGAAAAGUCCCGCCUGUUCAAUCUGAUCAUCAGAAUUCCUUUUAUGGUGUUUCGCAACGAUGAAUCGGAUGAUGCCAGUACUGUACGCAUAACUGCUAGACCGAGCUAAAUCGUCACUGUCCGCCGCCCAGUUCUGCUGUUUUUGACAAAUUAAAGCGUCGCCAUUUGCGCUGGACGCGCAGUGUAGAUUACCCCGGGAAGAAGUGGAAAGGAUUUCGGCAUCUUCUUGAAUUGUAAGAGCACUUUUUUGUGCAUAGUCCUGAAUAUUCGAUGUUAUGUGUUGCAGCUAUGGUGUUGCAGCGCAAUAACGGACAGCUGACCCUGCCAGAUUCUGGCGCGACUUGGAUUUGAGAAACUUUGACAGUAUACCGCUAUGUAACUUAAGCCUAACAAUGCUUGCCUAUGAUUACAUUCAUUCUUUCGGGAUGUGAAUUUGUACAGAAUGUCGGGAUGUACAGAAUGUCGAUCUGUAUAUGAGUAUAUCCAUAAGGGAAUCCGAUAAUACGGUACAUCGACUUAUGCGACAAUGAUCAACUUGAAUUAGAGCCCCCAAACAGUAUACUGU